AUGAACGAGGAUUCCUCAUUAAUGAAGGUGGAAAAUAUUCUUCAAUGCAAGAUUUGCGAUAGAGUUUUUGAUGACUAUGACAAAUUCAAAAAUCAUGAAAAAUAUGAAAAAUAUGAGAGCGUUACCAGGAAAUGUGAUAUAUGUGGAAAAAUAAUGAAAACCAAAACCUCAAUGAGACAACAUAUGAUAAAUAAACAUUCAGACAAAACAUGUAAAUAUAAAUGUGAUAUUUGUGGUAAAGAACUGAAGAAUAAGCAGAUUCUAGAAGGUCACGUGCAAGCAAUCCACUUUAAAAAAUAUCGCCAUCAUUGCGACAUAUGCCUCAAAGGUUUCAACGAUAAAAAACAAUUAGCAAAUCACAAACUAGUUUACCACGAAAAUAAAAGCUAUGCAUGUUCAACAUGUGGCAAGAUCUUCAAGCUCAUCUUCACCUUCGAAGAACACCUGCUUUCUCACGAACCCGGUUACCAGAGGCCUGUUUUUCCUUGCACCAAAUGCGACCUCAGGUACAACUCAAGGUCAGGCUUGCGAAGGCACAAAAAAACCCACGAAGACAACGGCACCAGCAUUUGCCACAUCUGUGGAAACACCUUCAAGUCCCUAGGAUCGCACAUGCGUACUCACACUGAUGAAAGACCUUUCAAGUGCAAGGAAUGUGGCUUGUGCUUCAGGAAAAGUGAUACGCUCAGUACUCACAAGAGGACGCAUACCAAUGAGAGGCCGUUUGUUUGCAGCAUUUGCGAGAAAGGCUUCACUCAGAAGUCGGCGUUGACCAGACACGUUUCAGGGCAUACUGGUGAGAGACAGCACAGUUGCACUGUGUGCAAGAAGAAGUAUGUCAUGAAGUAUCAGCUCAAAGUGCACAAUUGCCAAGGACCGCCGGAUGAAGAUUCAGAGGAAUCAGAUGAGGCCUGA